AGAGAUUUCCGGGAUCCUGGAGGGGCCGGAAGUGGGCCUUGUUCUCGCUUCCGGCUCUGCCAUUGUUUUCGCUUCUGCGGGCCACGGCUGUGUCCCGCACCCAGGGGUCACCGCCACACUACCCCGGUGAGCGGACCAGGGACGGGGAGGGAGGUGCUGCCCGGGCCGGGGUCGCUGGGUUGGAGCCGCGGCCGCCCGCAGCACUGAUCGGCGACGCCGGCCCGGCCCACGCUUCGCCCCCGCGGCCGGCGGCGGGUCCCUGUGACGGGAAGCCGCCGGUUAUAGAGCCUCCUCUUUGUCCAGUGCCCUUGAUCAGCCGUGCCUGGCCAGGAGCCGGGCACCUGCCGGUACAGCGGUUGAAAAGGGCAGACGUGGCCAGGUGAGCGGCGCCGCAGAAACCCUGGUUUAACGCGAAAUGUAGGUGGAUGUUUUCCCAACCUUGCAUUGAAAGACAAUAGGAAGCGUCAGAAGUGAGAGACAGUCUCGAAAUUUCAAACGUCAAGUGACACUUGGAGACUCAAAAGUGCAGACGAGAUUAGCUGCUGAGCAUUCGGAGCUGUUAGAGAAGUAGGAAAAUGAUCAGAACUUUCUACAGGUGUGGGAUUUCAGAGCGGAAUUAACGGAUUAUUUUAAAGUGUUUUGUUUGUGUUUGUUUUUUCCUUACAGGAACUGAAGCCUAGAGAGAAGUAGCUUACCGAGGUUCCUGAGUUGCGUGGUGACUAGCCUAGACGCUCUGGUUACAAUGAAGGUGCUGAUUCUCAGAGUUUUGCAUAUAUAAACUGGAUACAACUUUCCCCCCCACUUCAGUAUCAGCUGAAUGAGUCACAUUCAUUUGUCUAGCAAAUGUUUACCACUGUAUGCCCUGUACGCACACCUAUAUACAAAGAAGACUGGGAAACAGCCUUGCCGUCUGAGUCCUUCCACACAGUGGGGGAGACAGCAAUGUAAACCACAAACACAGUGUGAGAAGUGCUCUAGCAGAGGUUUGAAUGAAAAAGGUGCUGUGGGCCCACUGAGGCAAUAACGACACUUAAGCCUCGAGAGAUCAGGAAGGUUUUCUAGGGGAGGUGGUUGAGUAGAAAAAGGUCUGGCAUUUUCUGACUCCGUUCGGUUCCUUUCCUUUGGUGGCUAUCUAGCAGGAGGGUGUGAGUGACGAGUUGUGCAUAAACUAGUUAAAACAGCAGUGUUUCAGUGAGAGUAGAGAGAGGGAGGCUUCCAGCUCUCUUCCUGCAUGGGACAAUCAGGAAAGCACUCAGGAGAAAAUGGUGUUUGUUUUGGGUCUUGACAGAUGAGCAGGAGUUUAUCAAACGUUGAAGAAGAAAAAUCCAAUCAGGGUAAGAGUAUAUGUGAUUCUAGCUGUGUCUCUGGAGCGUUAGUCUCAAUCUAUGUUGUGCAUUUCUGUCACAAUAAAGAAGAGAUUUGAGCAUUCACUUCCAACAUAGGUUCAUUUACUUCCAACAUAGGUUUACUUACAAAUUAAAUAUAUGUACUGUUUUGCGAAUUUCAGUACACAUAAGACAUAUGCUAAAUAGGAAUUAAAUAGCAACUUACUAUGUUCUUAUAUACUCUUUGCAUCACCUUGCGUAUUCCUCAUUUGGAGAUCAUUACAGCCUUUCUAGUCUGGGCAUUGGAGAGAGUGUUAGAGGGUGUGGCUAGAAAAGAGGCCCAAGGCCAGGUGGUAAAGGGCUGUGAAUGCUAGUCAUAGACAUUUAGGUUUUAUCCUGUAGAUGAUGGGAGCCACUGAAAAGUUUAAGAAGGCAAGUCACUUGGAGAGAUGCUUAGAGAGACUGCCCUGAUUGUGCCCUUUUUUUCCCCCCGGAGCUUUGGGUUUGAACUGUGGAUGGUCUGUCAUCAGCCUGGGACUGAACACUUUGGGACUCUGAUUUCUCUCUUGGUGUUUCUGUAGGUGACACCCCAUCACCCUAUACCCCCAACUCUGAAAAACAGCUCCUGAAACCUGAAUUAUAGAGCAUCAUUUUAAUUGGACAAACUGCAGCUGAAACAAGCUUCUCUUUGAGGUCACAAUGGCCACCCAAGGCAGGGGAACUUUAGGCCUCAUCCCUAGGGGUGCGGUUCUGCAGAAGCAGGAGUGGCGCCAGACCAUGAAGCAGGAGCCAGGGAGCCAGACCUGGGGUCAGGCCUGCAACCUCCAAAAGAACCACCCUCCCGUCUGUGAAAUUUUCCGGCUCCACUUCAGACAGUUAUGUUACCAUGAGAUGUCUGGGCCUCAGGAGGCGCUGAGCCGGCUCCGGGAGCUCUGCCACUGGUGGCUCAUGCCAGAGGUGCACACUAAGGAGCAGAUUCUGGAGCUGCUGGUGCUGGAGCAGUUCCUGACCAUUCUGCCUGGGGAGCUCCGGACCUGGGUGCAGCUGCAUCAACCUGAGAAUGGUGAGGAGGCUGUGGCUGUGGUGGAGGAUUUCCAGAGACACCUCAGUGGACCAGGAGAGGUUUCAACUCCUGCACAGGAACAGGAAAUACAUUUGGAGGAGACCACAGCCCUGGGCACAUCAGAAGAAUUUCUUCCUACCUUGCCCCUCAGUGAGGGUUCAGCCCCUGGAGCCCACCUGGAGCCUCCUCAGGACCCAGGGACAUACCUCCUCCACAAUGGGCACUCUGGUCAGUGUGCUUCCCAGGUGCCUGCCGUUUCCCAAGCUGGGAAGUCAGGAGACCAGGCAGCAGCAACUGUGCUUCGGAUGGUCAGGCCCCAGGGUUCUGCAGCGUACGAGUUCCUGUCUGUGGACUAUACCGAGAGGAAGUGGAAAGGUCCGGCACUCAGUCAGAGAGCCGUGUACCGGAGCCUCAUGCCGGAAAAUUAUCGCAGAGUGGCCUCAUUGGCAAAUGAGGCUAGGAUGGAGUGUCCAGAUUUGCCUGCAAAGCAGGAAGUUUCUAAAAGACUGGGGUCAUCUGAUGGGACAUCAGGAGGCCUCUGUGGGGUGGUUUCUGGGGAACCAGAGGCAGGAACUGCCUGUGAAGGUGCUUUAGAGAAGCUGGAAGGGCAACCCUCAGAUGAGGAAGGGAGCAGACUGGAAAGUGACUUCUUCAAACUAACACACAAGGAUAAAGGUAAAUCCACAAAAGAUGGAUGUGAUGAAUAUAAGGAUCCAAAUCUGUCCUCUAGUGCUACAGAACAUCAGAGAGUUCUCAAGGGACAGAAAUUUUACCAGUGUGAUGAAUGUGGUAAAGCUUUCAAUCGGAAUUCGCACUUCAUUGGGCACCAGAGAAUCCAUACUGGAGAGAAACCCUAUGAGUGUAAUGAGUGUGGGAAGACUUUCAGGCAGACCUCUCAGCUCAUAGUUCAUCUCAGAACCCAUACAGGGGAAAAACCCUAUGAGUGCAGUGAGUGUGGAAAGACUUACCGACACAGCUCCCAUCUUAUUCAACACCAGAGACUCCAUAAUGGCGAGAAACCAUAUAAAUGCAAUGAAUGUGCUAAAGCCUUCACUCAGAGUUCCCAACUAAUUGACCACCAGAGAACCCAUACUGGAGAGAAACCUUAUGAAUGCAAUGAGUGUGGUGAGGCCUUUAUUCGGAGUAAAAGUCUCGUUCGACAUCAGGUACUUCAUACUGGUAAGAAACCUUACAAGUGUAGUGAAUGUGGGAAAGCUUUCUGUUCUAAUAGAAAUCUUACUGAUCAUCAGAGAAUCCAUACUGGCGAAAAGCCUUAUGAGUGUAAUGAAUGUGGCAAGGCCUUCAGUCGGAGUAAAUGUCUUAUUCGACAUCAGAGUCUCCACACUGGGGAAAAGCCAUACAAAUGUAGUGAAUGUGGGAAAGCCUUUAAUCAGAACUCUCAACUUGUUGAUCAUGAGCGAAUUCAUACUGGAGAAAAACCUUUUGAAUGUAAUGAAUGUGGCAAGGCGUUCAGUCUCAGUAAAUGUCUUAUUCGACAUCAGAGACUUCACACAGGUGAAAAGCCCUAUAAAUGCAACGAGUGUGGAAAAUCCUUCAAUCAGAACUCACACCUCAUUAUACACCAAAGAAUUCACACUGGUGAGAAGCCUUAUGAAUGUAAUGAGUGUGGGAAGGUCUUUAGUUAUAGCUCCAGUCUCAUGGUACAUCAAAGAACCCAUACUGGGGAGAAACCCUAUAAAUGUAGUGAUUGUGGGAAAGCCUUCAGUGACAGCUCACAGCUCAUUGUACAUCAGAGAGUUCACACUGGAGAGAAGCCCUACGAGUGUAUUGAGUGUGGGAAAGCUUUCAGUCAGCGUUCCACUUUCAAUCACCACCAGCGAACUCACAUCGGAGACAAACAGUAUGUAUGUACUGAGUGUGGGAAAGCCUUUAGUCAGAGUGCAAACCUUACAGUACAUGAGAGAAUCCACACAGGGGAGAAACCCUAUAAGUGUAAAGAGUGUGGAAAAGCCUUCAGUCAUAGCUCCAACCUUGUGGUUCAUCGGAGAAUCCACACUGGACUGAAGCCCUACACAUGCAGUGCAUGUGGGAAAUCUUUCAGUGGUAAGUCACACCUCAUUCGGCACCAGGGAAUCCAUAGUGGGGAGAAAACUUAUGAAUGUAAGGAGUGUGGGAAAGCCUUUAGUCGGAGUUCAGGUCUUAUUUCACAUCACAGAGUUCAUACUGGGGAGAAGCCCUACACUUGUAUCGAGUGUGGGAAAGCCUUUAGCCGUAGUUCAAACCUUACUCAACACCAGAGAAUGCACAAAGGAAAAAAAGUUUACAAGUGUAAGGAGUGUGGGAAAAUAUGUGUCUCUAAUACAAAGAUUAUGGACCAUCAAAGAAUUCACACAGGGGAGAAGCCUUACGAAUGUGAUGAAUGUGGAAAAGCUUUCAUUUUAAGGAAGACCCUUACUGAACAUCAGAGACUUCACCGUAGAGAGAAACCUUACAAGUGUAAUGAAUGUGGGAAAGCUUUUACUUCUAAUCGAAACCUUAUUGAUCAUCAGAGAGUUCACACUGGCGAGAAACCCUAUGAAUGUAAUGAAUGUGGAAAAACCUUCAGACAGACUUCUCAAGUUAUUCUACAUUUGAGAACCCACACUAAGGAGAAACCCUAUAAAUGUUGUGAAUGUGGGAAAGCCUACCGUUAUAGCUCACAGCUUAUUCAACACCAGAGAAAACAUAACGAGGAGAAGGAAACCUCAUAAAUGACAUGUAUUGUGGAUAGUAGGCCUAACUGCUACUUUUUGGAAAAACAGGCUUUCAUUGUUAUCGACCUUAAUUCAAUUUCUGAGACUCCAUAUGGGGGAAGUUACCAGAAGUAGACAAAGAUUAACAAAGGGAUAUUCAUGCCAGCAUCAUAUAUAACUGAAGGAAGAGAACUAGAUUUUCAGUAACACUGGGUUUAAAUGAAUAAUGGUCUAUCCACGUGAUGGUUUUGCAGCCAUUAUAAACAUUUUUAAAGAAUAUUUAAUGCCAUGGGGGAAAUUAUUUGUAUAAAAUGGAAGAUAAAGAAAAAACAAGUUUGAUCCAAAUUAAAAAAAAAAAAAGAUUUACAUAUAGGAGAAAAAUGAGAAUGAAAUAAUACCAAACCAAAAUGUUAACAGUGAUUACCAUUGGGUGAUAGAAUUAUAGGCGAAUUCUAUUUUCUUCCAUAUACUUUUCUAUGCUUCUUAAAGACUUUUGUACAAUGAGAAUGUACUACUUUUAUAUUCAGGAAAGUACAGUAUUUUUUUAAUUGCAAUGAGUAUACAUGCUCAUUUUCACUCAGCAGUGUUAGGAAGGUGUGUAGAACAUAGACCCUAAACUCAUGGGAUUCCACCUUAAUACUGGCACUUAGUAGCAGUGGAACCAUGAGGAGGUUGUUUCCUUUUAGAUCCUAUUUCCUGUUUAUUAAGUCAUAAACACUAGAUAUUGAUCUUUUGCAGUUUUAGAAUAAGCUGACUUUACAGGCUGUCAACAUGGUGUAUAAUCCACUUAAUCACUGUUAGGUUAAAAGAACAGCAAAAAUUCACUAUAUUCUCUCCCACAGUUGUUGAAGGAUCUGCAGAUAAUAGAGGCUUCAUUUUUUCAACAUAUGUCUACAAAACCAGAAAAAAAUGUCCUCUUAUGAAACUGAAAUUGCAAAUUGCAGGUUCCUAACCUGUAAAGAUGCAGUCAGCAUAACCUAAAACUAGGGAAAGACACUGCCUUCUCACGUUAUGUACAAUUUAGUAGUUAAAAGCACGGACUUUGGGAUCAGAGACAUGUUCUGAUCCCAGAUUUGCCACAUACUAGCUUGUCAAUUUUGGACAAGUCAUUUAACUGCUCUGAGCCUUCAACUUAUCUGUAAAAAGGGAAUAACUACCUAUCUCACAGAGUUGUGAUGAUUUAAUGAGAUAAUGCACGUAUUGUGUGACAAGGCUAGCACAUAGUAAAUGAAAAUAGCUUAAGUAUGGGACAUUGGAGCAGUGUUUCUAAACACGUAGAGUGAUUCAGGAAAACCCUUACGUAAGGUAGCAUUUAGGACAUUUUCGGGUGUAAUGAACACAGUAUCAAGUACUAGUAGCGAAAACCUUAAGAACAUUGAUUGUUUACUUAUGGGGAAGGCUAGAGGUAAGCAGUUCCAAGUUUGGUUUGGCAACUGAGCAAUUCACUAAACUUAAGUCUUAACUCCAUAAUUUUCAGCACAUUGGCUUUCAUUUUUGGAGCCUCCUGGUAGUAAGAUGUUGGCUAUAGCUACAAGCUCUUCUCUUCACACAACUCUGUUUCAAAGUCAGGAAGUGAGGAAAGGAACUGAGGUUUUCUGAUCUGUUUGCUUUCUUCCUUUUAUCACCGAGAAAAACCUUUCUCAAAAGAAGGGCGGGAUGCUAUGCAGUCAGUACUACAGGCGCUUGCUAGCUUCCUCUGCCUUUCUUUAUGUCUGGUCCUUUGAGAAGGCCUUAAUCCAUUUUCAACCAAUAUAUAAACCUUUAAGUCCUUAGCUCAAAAUCCAUCUGGGAAUACUUAGAAUCUGCUCAUUCUUAAAUGUGGUCCUCCUCUUUCUUUGUAUGCAGUGAAUCCCUAAGCCUAAUGCCACUUGUCUUAUGCACAUAGUGAAGUAUUGUUAUCCCAUAACAUUUGUACAAGAAAAUUGAGCCUCAGUGAGGUUAGGUGACUGCUAGUUAGUGAUUGGAAUGAGGGUUUGAACUCAGAUCUGAGUGUUAAGUCCACGCUUUCUUCAUUAUACCAAAGUACCUCUGCCUGCCAUGGUGGUUCUGUACAUGAGUGGGAGGCCAGUUGGGAUUCUCCUGAGUGAAAGGUAAUUGUAUCUGGAUAGUUAUUUGACCAUGGUUUCAUGAGGAAGAUGCUAUCUAUCUCCUCUGAGUUUGAUUUAUGGUUUAUCUCUGCACCUUGUAAUUUAGUUUAAUGAUUAUAUAUUUCUGCCUUUCUCUUACUGGAGAAAAAGAAGCAAAGGUUGUGAAGGGUAUAGUUGUGUGAAAAUGGAUUGUUUGGUUUUGUCCUAUUUUGAUAGGAUAGUGGCUUAUGUGCAAUUAUGUGAUGUAAUUGUCCCUCUUGGCACAGUUAUUCAAAGCAAGGUUUGGAGGCUCUGGAAUGGAUUUGCUGCAUUCCAGGGAUAGAACUGUUGUAUCACCAUUGGGUAGGCACUUCCCUGAGAGUCUGGGCGGACACAAGAGUAGAGAAACAUACAUGGAGCAGUGAGUUACACUACUAUAGCAGUAAGGGUCCUUCCAUCAUUUUUCCCUUGUCACAUGUCCUUUUAAUAUUAAAGAAGGUGUUUGUAAUUAGUAUACUUUGCCUUUUGUCACGUCAGCCAUCCUCACCUGCUGAUUACCUAUGUGGAAACUCCCCAUGACUAAUGUCUAUUGGCUGUCGAAACUAAGAUAACAGGCAGUUGCCUUCUUGUGUGCCUGUCAGAGGUUAUUUUUUGAGCACUAAUUAUUACUGAGCAGAGUUGUUGAUGCUUUUUAUAUGUUACUGAGCAGGUAACCUCUGACCAAAACAUUUUCCUAUUACUGUGUCAUAGUGCCUGAGAUUCUUUCGUCCUAUAAGCUUUCUUUUUCAUCUUAAAAGACUUUUGUGAUCUUCAAGAGGAAAUGCCUUCUGGAAGGAUACUGUGUCAUCUCAAACCCAGCAAUCUGAAUACAGAUCUUCACAUUUCUUGUCCCAGGCAAGCUACAAGAAUAGACCCUCACCCAUUUUCUAGGCUGAUACUUGUCUUAGGCUGCAGGAGUACAUGUUGAUAAGCGGUCCCCAUACCCUUUCAGAUAAAUAUUCUGCAAUAUAAUCUGAACUGAUAAUCCACCUUCCUCCAGGGACUUUUUCAAGACUGUCAGCUGUUUAUUUCAGUCAGAGUUUAAUUAUGAAGUUCUUACCACACUUUCAGGCCUUUUCAUGAUACACUCUAGAUUCAGAGUCUGUGUUUUUUCCAGCUUCCGGUACUAAUGGAAACCUAGUUGUUGCUUAAUAGCAGUGCUUCCUCUGCAGCCCCUCAAUUGUUAGUUUUUGUCUCCCUCAAUCCAUUUACCUGUCUUUACUGCAUUUCUUCUCUAUUCUCCAUUAAAAAAACCCCAGCUGUUUUGAAAUAUACAUCAUUAGACUACUGUGUAUUACCCAUCCCUGUUUUUAUUAUCUACUGGCUUCCUGUGCACUCACACUUACUCAUGUGUUUAGUAUCCAGAAUAUUCCUGAGGAAUAUGAAGAGGUGAUAUUUUUAGCCACAGACAUCCCAGUUGCGUAGAAUUGCUCUUGUGUGAAAUUGAAAUAUAUGUAUCUCCUUUUAGUUGAGGAAGUAUGGAAAUAAAGUUUCAUUUUAUAUAGCCUUGGUUAAAGGGAAAUGUGAAAGAUAAAGAAUUCUGCAUACAGAGGAGAGAAUCUCCCUAGGCUUAGAGAUAUUUUUUAUUGAUGGUGUAUACUAUAUCAGGGCUUACUUGGAACAGAGAAGAAAAUCAAAACCCAAAACGGCUUUAAAUAACUGAACAAUUCUGUUGCAUUUAAAUCUCGUAACACCAAAUUUCAUGUUUGCUCUAUAUUCUCAGUGAUAAACUUCCUUUUUUUAAAAAUUUUUCCACUUAAUAUAAACAAUUCCAUUUAAUAUAAAUAAAAUAGUAUGCUCAUAUUAUUAGAUUGUUUUUAGAAACUAGACUGUCUUUAAUCAUCUCUGAUGUUAGAAAACUUUUUGCAGGACAUACUUAUAAUUCCUCCAAUAAAUCUGUUGUUAUUUGCUUGUUUUAAAUAUCACUGAUUUUUUUUUUUUUCGUGUUGUUUCCUUUGUUCAGAGUGGGAAGAAAACAGUUCAGUUUGCUUUUCUAAGCAUCUGUUUUUGGAAUGAAGUGAUUUGACUUGUGUCUGAUUUAAACACAACAUGAAGCUUAUUAUUUUCGUACUCAUAUUACAGAAAUGAGAGCUCUCUAGCCAAUAUAAAGUGUCCUUUCUCUGGCCUCAUCUGUGUUUCAAAUCUGUACUAUUAUGUAGACCUCACAUGGGUGUAUAAAACCAGCUAUGUUCCUUGAAGUCCAUUUCUGCUCCAGAAAAUAAGCUCAUGAGGGGGUAAAAAGGUGAUGGCAGACUCCUUUCUGGACAACACAGAUGCAGGACCUGACUAGUUCCCACUCCUACUGACCGUGUAAAUGCACAUGGCACAAUUUGACCACAGGGAUUGUGGACAUGCAAAAGGUGUAACCAGUCUCUGAAACUAAGGCCAGUGAACUCCAAAUCCGGGAGUUAACAUGAGUUAACAGCACACAUACAGAUCAGUGUCCCAGGCCCACCAAACCUGGAGCAGAGUCCAGGAAUCUAUAGGAAAUAACACUUUCACAGUGGGAAUUGAAAAACAUUUUUCAUUAGGAGCCUUGACUCUUUACAUGACUACUUUUAUAAUGA